AAAACAAAACAGUAUGGACGUUCCCACUCACGCAAAGUCGUUGCUGCGCUUGAGUUCGUGAACGACAGUAGUUUCACUGGAGCGCCACACCUCCUCCACAAGUCAAAAUCGCGUUUCUCCACCGCUGUUAGCGCGAGUGCCGUCACAGUUGCUUUAAAGGCAACGGUCAUGUAGCAACGAGCUAACGGCUAGCAGGCGUUAUUCAACCUGCCGUUUGGCUAACGAACGCCCCGAGGAAGUUUUUCAAAAUUCAAAAGUUGUGUCAAAUAACUCCGGUAAGUUGCUUGCGAAAACAAUUGUAUUUUGGUGUGGUGUAGAUUAAUUCAGGAGAGUUAAGUGUUAAAGAAGCAGCAGGGGGUUGUUUGGUAAUCCCUGUAGUUUGUGGUGGCAUUCGAGAAUAUUCAUUUUACAACUCUCAUUUACUUGACUCUUUAAUAAAGACAAAUACGAUGCAACGGUUGGUUAACAUAUGGUAUUUAAAUAACAAAAUGUUUGUUAAAUACAUGUACUGUUACACCUGUGUAGAGUGGUACAUUUUACAAAUGUGUCUAAAUGAUGCAUAGUAAACGGCUACUUAUACUCUAUAUAUACAUUUGAAAAUAGCUAAUUUGGUGUAUGUUAUGAUGACAGAUUUAACUUUGCAUGUUGACCUUCGUUAAAUAGUGUCAAGAAUACGUUACAAUAUGUUGCAUCAAACACUUUUGCAGUGUAAUAGCAGUUUUUGUCUUUAGAUACUCUGGGAACUAAACAUUCUGCUUGACAAUGUUCAGCUGCUGGUUUUGUGUUGAACUUUUUGGUGAUUUUAUUAGUCAGUCCUGGUGAUGGCAAAUAACCCGUUAAUAAAACAGUUAUUAUAGACUUACUUAUCUGAAAGGACUGCAAAGAUUUUUUGGGUGGGGACGGUGAGAGUAACAAUAAAUGCUGUAAAUCAUGCUGCCAGAAAUGGUGCCAUUGACAUGUGCAGGUGUUGAAGGAGGAACAUGAAUAGAGGAUGAAUAAGUCCAGUUUGAAGUUAAAGUUAAAGAGCACACAUGAAAACAUUUAAAAGUUCAUGCAGAAACACGCACCCACAAAGGUUUGAACUCUGACCAUAAUUCCUGGUUGAAGCAUUUAAUCUGUUAGGUUAAAGGUUCUGUGAGCAGAUGAUUGUCCGGUCAAAUGAUUAGCUCUGGACUGUUGUGUUGAUGUUGUCCAACAUUUAUUCAUUACCUGUUAACAUUGUGUUCGACAGUGUUUGACACAUUGUCAUUUCCCCCAGGUUUCUGCACAAAGUGCUCACUCACCUUUCACCUAAUGUUUCUGGGUGUAGCCCAUCUGUGUGUCCAUAUGUAGAGAGUGGCAGGUAGCCAGUGAGGUGGUGGCUCACCCGUUCAAGUGUCAGAGACAGGGAGUGGCGGCAGCUAUAGUUUUCUAUACCUUAAACCUGAGCGUUUUGAUUGUAUUAGAAAGGCAUUUGCGAUGUUGUGACCAUUGGAAAUGAAUCACAUUCUCAGGGUAAAGCCCGUACCUUUAAAUUUAAAAAUAUUAUAUAUUAUAUAUAAUAUUAUAUAUAAUAUUAUAUAAUAUUUAAUUAUGAUACAAAAACCGUUUUUGUCUGGGCAAAGUUUUAAAUUGUUAUACACUCAGAAGUAGGAGAAUUGAUCACUCAUAGUAGGAAAUUAAUUUAGUUUAUUCAAUUUAGUUUCUCAUGAGAAAAUGUAGUUGUUGAUAUUGUGAAAAGAGGUUGCACCACAUGAAUGGAUAUUGAAGUAUAGAUCCAAGAUCAAGACGUAACCUCUAUCAGACCUGCUAACUAAAAGCCUGACCUCUAUUGAACUAAUUCAAAGAUUCUAAUGUUUUAUUUAAUGUUUAUUAUUAUGUCAUAAUCAGUACACUUGUAUUGGUGUCUUAUGGAAUUUGUGCUACCGGAAACAUUUAAUGGAAAAUAGUAGGUCCAGCUGCUUGGCAGAGAUUUGCGCUCUCAUGGUGCUUUUCUCGUCCUAAAUGAUCUGUGUAUUUUGUCAGAAGAAGAAAACAGCUGACUGUGAGCGCUUCUCUGUCACGCUUUAACCUUGCCACUGCUGACCCCUGGUGGUAGACUUUGUGAGUCUGCUCGAUCAUCGCCUUGUGUAGUCCUCUGGAAUGGGGAAUGGAGUGCAGGAGAAACAGUCUUCCCUCUCACAGGAUGAUGUUCUCCCUCAGUCCUCCACACAGUCAGGGGAGGUCAAGCAGACGCGCUCGGUCAUCAACUCGCUGUUCUCCGGAGCGCUAGCAGGAGCUGUGGCCAAGACAGCUGUCGCCCCUCUGGACAGAACUAAAAUUAUCUUCCAAGUGUCUUCAGCCAGAUUCUCUGCCAAGGAGGCGUACAGGUUGAUCUACCGCACCUACCUGCAGGAUGGCUUCCUCAGCCUGUGGAGGGGGAACUCUGCCACCAUGGUGCGCGUCAUCCCCUACGCUGCCAUUCAGUUCUGCGCCCAUGAGCAGUACAAACGGCUGCUGGGGGAGUACUACGGCUUCCAGGGGAAGGCUCUACCGCCUUUUCCAAGGCUCCUGGCCGGUUCUCUGGCGGGAACCACUGCGGCAGCGCUCACCUAUCCCUUGGACAUGGUGCGAGCCAGGAUGGCCGUGACCCCGAAGGAAAUGUACAGCAACAUCCUGCAGGUGUUUGCUCGGAUCUCUCGAGAAGAAGGACUGAAGACCCUAUACCGAGGUUUUACGCCCACCAUACUGGGUGUGGUCCCCUACGCUGGCCUCAGCUUCUUCACCUACGAGACGCUGAAGAAAGUACACGCAGAGAGAAGCGGCCGUCCACAGCCAUAUUCCUAUGAAUGUCUGGCUUUUGGGGCCUGCGCCGGUCUCAUCGGCCAGUCGGCGUCGUACCCUCUGGAUGUGGUGCGGCGGCGCAUGCAGACCGCCGGGGUCACGGGCCAUACCUACGGAACCAUCCUGGGCACCAUGAGGGACAUUGUGGCUGAGGAGGGCGUGAUCCGAGGACUCUACAAGGGUCUCAGCAUGAACUGGGUCAAAGGGCCCAUCGCUGUGGGGAUCAGCUUCACCACCUUUGACCUGACGCAGAUAGUCCUUCAGAAGAUGGGCGUCACGUCUCGAUAACACAGGGGAUGAAAGGUGUGUCGGCGGCCCAUACUGGGCGGGGUCAUGUGACUGCCCUCCAACAUGCAACGCGAUGAGGCUAUGCUGUGUAAACGAGACUUGUAAUGCAACUACUGUUCCACAUGGGGGCAGUGUUGCGCUCCCAAGCCCUCAGGUUCAAGGGAAGCUCCUCAUCUUGAAACAAAAGCCGUUAUUCCAACACUAAAUUAUGAUCGCAGUUGUUUUUGAUUGAAUAACACGAAACAGUAUAUUAGUAACUCCAUAACUGCAAAGUACUACAAACUAAAUUAUUAACACUAUUAUGUACGGUCAUAGUUUUUAUCAAGAAACUGAAUCCUCAAGAUUUACGAAGCAAAGACGAAAAAGUAUCUGAAACAAGAUUACAAUUGUAGUACACAGAGAUGAUUUUUAUGCAAUAGUUGUAGAGUAUUCUGGUCAGAACCUAACGCUGUGAUAUAUAUCAAGAUUGUGACAGUGAAAUAUAUUGGCGCACCACAGUCAUUCAAGUUACAGUAGCAAAGGAAAACUUGAGGUUUGGAGUCAAAGAAAGGUUACAGUAAGUUACUGUAUUUUUGACAAGCAACUACCGACCAGAUAACAGUGAGGGCAUAACAUGUAAUAAAUCCUGAUAACUGGUAAUAACUGGUGGGAUUAUGUCGUCGGUAUAGCAGGCCAGAUAGAAGAUGGCAGAUGCUCCAACUCAUGUCAGGGAGACGCUGAAUCACUGCCGAGUCCCACCAAAGAGACGGUGCUAGAUCCAGGAAGGUUUACAUCGAAUGUAGCAGCUGCUGAAAAGGUUGCUUCUCAAAACAUUUCCUAUCGAGCUGAAGAAGUGUUUUGAGCCGACAAAACAAAAACGUGCCAACGAUUUGCGUGGUUAUUCUCGAUGGAAUAUUAAAGUAACCUCCAGGGGGCGCCACAGUCCACCCGCUUUCCAAAUUUCAAUCACUACUCCCUUGUCACAAAUGUCUUUGUUUAGGUGCUUGAAGGGUUAAUGCCAUCAUCAGCAUCUCUAGUUACCAGCUGAAGCACUAGUUUUCUCAAUGUUAUCAUGUUGCACGAACGCGCCAUUCGUCGUGAUCUCAUUUAUAAGUGAUGCCGCACAAACUUGGUUGAUGAGCUGCGAUGAUACUUGAAAAGAUGAAAGUCUAUUUGUUCAUUUACCUCGAACACUCAUCAGUUACUGGACAACGUCCCAGAGACAUGGACAGCUCUGCUCUGAGUCUCAGAUGACGGAGCUGCUCCUCGGUUGACGUGAAAUGCAACACAGGAAGUCAACAAGUGAACCAGGAAUUCAUCAUUUCAUUAUUACAAUUGACAUUCUUUUUUUUUUUCCUUUGGUUUAUUGUGUCAAAUUUGUAUCCUGUCAUGAAUGUCUAACCCUCGAGAGUGUCAUCGUCAACAAGUGCCUAACUAGAGGAGUGAGGAUUUUGUUGUGACCGACUGACUUGUACUGACAUUUUCUAUCUCUUUGCAGUUUUUGAAUGUCCAAUUCAGGUCCAGCUCUUUGUGUAUUGACUUUGUAUAUCAGCUCAACUGCCUUGCAGUGUUGUUGUGACACGUUGUUGUCCUGAUCUCUGGCGUGUGGUCGUUCACUCAUGCGAUCGACACUGUUUUGACAAUCUUGAAAUGCCAAAAAAGAAAAGCCCUGUUGAUGGAGUCCGAUGUAAAGCUGCCUGAUGUGACGUUGACACAAGCUGUGAUUGUAUUUUUGACUGGUCACGCUGGAUUCAUCAGAUCAUUCUUGGUACAUUUAUAAAAGUUCAGUGUGUGCGUGUGUCAAGUGGAAGUACUGACGUUACUUCGUAGUGACGAUGGUGUUACAAUGUUUAAUAUAAAUAAUAAAACUGGAU